UGGAAGUAGCUAGAAGACUUGGCCGUGAGAUUUUAAUUUUUUUUGCGGGGAUCACAGGGACCAUAGUCCAGGGAAACCAAGCUGGACCCGUGAGCCUGACAUGGAGCACGCGUGUAUCAUCGAGCUCGUUCCCGAGUCUGCCUCGUGCUUGCAGCAAGGCAAGAGCAGCCGACAUCCUGCAUGACAAGGCGCAGUGAACGAUGCCAGAAACCAUUCGUGGUAUCGAUUAAUCGAUUCAUCACCCAACCUAUUCUUUAAAACCUUUCUCAUCAUUCCCGGUCAAAACAUCUACUUCCGAGUUACACGCGAGUGGCCAGUGCGAGCCUCACCUCAUCACCGUCCAUAUAUUCGAGCUCCUCGCAACCGUUUCCUAUCUGGUAUCAUCUGUGUUAUUUGUUGGAAGCUUCAAAUAGCCUUGACUGUGCAAUCGGAACGAAAUAAUGCCUACUCCUCCUUCUAUGUCCAGACGGCCGACAACAUCCAAGUUGAGCCCUACCGAUAAACGCAUGGCACAGGAAACGGAUCCUAACACGCCUAAUACUCCAACUCGGAUCACGGUCCCUGGAACGAGCGAACUCGGGAAUUAUCGAGACGAACAAGAGAGGUUGCCACCGGUGGUUGAACUAUCUCCAUCGAACUCGCGUUCCCUGUCGCAUGACAUGGUGGAAUCUUCCUUGGUGGACGAAUCGAUACCACUUGCGGAGGGUUCGGACCUGGACGAUCUCUGGGCAACCAUAAGACAGAAGAAGGAGAAGAAGGUGGCGAAGGAGCAACCCAAAGUCCAAUCCUUGCGAGAGCCACAGGAAGGAGAAGAGGAAUUUUCGCAGUUAGAUGUUCCUGCUCCUGAGAUACCGCGAGAGUCACCCAAACCAGAUUCUUCGCAGAAGAGGGUCAGGAAACAGAAGUCAUUCACGAGUUUCCGUGAAUCGGCGGAUGGUCGGGAGCUCGUUGCUUUUAUAGAUGUGCAAGGAUGUGAAAAGCAAGAUGUUCACGUCAGUUAUCAACGGAACCGAUUGGUGGUUAGUUGGUUCUUUGUUGAGUGCACGGAGUGGGAAGAAGAUGGUUGUAUAGUCAGGGAGAGGGUAAUCAACAACUUUCAACGAGCUUUUCCUCUACCGGAAGGAACACGGUUCAAGGAAAUUCGGUGUGCUAUGAAUGGUCGACAUUUGGUCUUGAAGUACCCCAACAGCCGUUCGUUCAGAGUAGAGAAUGUUGCGUAUGAUAGUCGGGGAUCAGUGCGGUCUUGACUCUUCCUGAUAUCUGUGGCAUGAAUAAGUUAUUUUCAGUCACAUCUGCAGACCGUUGUACUUUUAUACUCUAUAGCUUGAACACUUCUCAUGCGUUGAAUUCAAUACGAUCUUCUGGGAUCGUUAAAUCAUCGGAUCA